GCUCCGCUCGGUUUGCCGCUACAGCAGCAGCAGCAGCAGCCCGCUGAGCAUUAGCGCUGAGAGGCUGCACAGGCAGGUGGCCGGCUCACACACAGGGAACUGGACCUUUGGAGAAGCACCGCUCUCACCGCAAAUGCAGGCCAUCAAAUGCGUCGUCGUGGGCGAUGGUGCGGUGGGUAAGACAUGUCUGCUCAUCAGCUACACCACCAACGCCUUCCCUGGAGAGUACAUCCCCACCGUCUUUGACAACUACUCAGCCAAUGUGAUGGUGGAUGGCAAGCCAGUCAACCUGGGCCUCUGGGAUACUGCAGGACAAGAGGACUAUGACAGGCUCCGGCCCCUGUCCUACCCUCAGACGGAUGUCUUCCUGAUAUGCUUCUCUCUGGUGAGCCCCGCCUCCUUUGAGAACGUCAGAGCCAAGUGGUACCCGGAGGUCCGCCAUCACUGCCCAAACACACCCAUCAUCCUGGUGGGCACCAAGCUGGACCUGCGGGACGACAAAGACACCAUUGAGCGGCUGAGAGACAAGAAGCUGUCGCCCAUCACCUACCCCCAGGGCCUGGCCAUGGCACGGGAGAUCGGUGCAGUGAAGUAUCUGGAGUGCUCUGCUCUGACCCAGCGAGGACUCAAGACGGUUUUUGACGAGGCCAUCCGAGCUGUCCUUUGCCCUCCGCCUGUCAAAAAGAGGGGUAAAAAGUGCACAGUGUUCUGAGGGGGGACCAGCGUGGAGAUGAAGAGAAACCAACGGGAAUGCGGUUACUUUGGUUGCUCACGCAUUAGGAAUAGGGUACUGCCAAAUGGGAACUGCUUUGAAACACAACAGCAAUCCACUGUCUGUACAGAAAAGGGUAAUCUUAUCUGGCCUAAAGUGAGGCUCAAGACCUCAGCCGGUGUGUUGAAGAAGGCACAAUUUAAGAAUUAAGCCCCGGUUAAGGGUAUGUUGAUCAAUUGUGAUUAUGCCUUAAAUCAAUUGGAUAAACUUAAAUGGUCUGUCUCUUAGAUGUUACCACAGAGAUGAGAAGGGGAUUUUACUCCGUUCUCGGUGGAUACGCAAAAAAAUGUUUUGCACUGUCCUGUUGAAAACCCAGUUUCUGUCAUGUCAAACACACAGACACAAGGAGCAGGACAAAGGUGGAUUCUCCUUUCACACAUACAUGCAACCUGGUGUUGGUGGGGUUAUGGACAUGGCUUGUUAUUUUGCAGUUGUCUGUUUGUUUGUUUUUUUUCUUCAAUUACCUACAGAGUUAGACGAUGUGGUAAUGUGAAUAUGCUUUGUGAAUAGCUCCCUCGUAGUUCAUCACUCUAGAAUGAAACAUACCAUGGACCAAUCCUGUUACAGCUAACAUGACAUUCCACAUGAAAACCCGAACCGGACCCGGGGGCUUCACAGGCGAGGAGCCCAUCGGUGAGGUCACACGGUGGACCUGGAGUUCAGUUUUUCCUUGCAUCGUGGAAACACAUAAAGCAGCCAUGUGUUUGCACAUUGCCGCACUGCUCCGAAACAUGUUAUUUAUCAGACAAAUAUGGUGCUAUACUACCAGGCAUUGUUAGGAGAAAAUGUGAAAGACCGAGUUUUUGUUCACUUGUCCAGCACCGCAGGCUGACCUGCUGUCUGCACACAGUUUUCUCUUAUUUAAGACAAAUGAACAAACUCGCUUGGCAUUUUGCCUGAAGGAAUGUACUGCAUUUUUCAGAGACUGUCCCAUUGGUCAGCACGAUGACAACACAGACACUGAGAUCAUACACGAGAUCCCCAUACAUCAUUGGUUCUAGUGCUCCAUGUUAACACUUGAGCAUCCACGGUGUUGUAAUAGUAGGGCCCAUGCUAACAUGUAUGGUUGUUUGACUGAUAUUAAAGGCUUAUUUUGAAAAAUUAGAUAUUUCACUAACUGCUAGCCUCUUGCCUCUGAGGUGGACUUCCCCCCAGUUAACAUUCUUAAAGAUAACCACCUUAAUUAACUCAAAGACGACUCGACAUCACCUAAAAAAAGUUCAAUGCACAUAUGAUUACACAGUGCACACGGACAAUAGUUUUGCUCAAAUGACUGCAUCAUAUAAUGUAUUGUGCAAUAUCACACUUUUCAAAAUGGGUGAACUAUCCCUUUAAGGACACGGAGAAAAUAAUCCCUUGUGUAAAUUUCACAAAUCUAGGCAAGACUACCAAACAUAGUCAUACACACAGAUUAUUUUGUUGUCUAUAUUAUUAAUGAUUACAUUGACUAAUGGGACAAUCAAUCAAAAACUUAGCUUAUUCCUUUGAGCACACUCAGCACUUCACACACACACACACAUACCCCUCCCCACCCUUACCAAACAAGCUGGUCACAUCUGUGUGUAUUAUUGAUGAAGCCUGACUGCCAUCCUCAGAGACUUCCUGUGUGUGCCGUGCAGCGAUAGGAACACAGGUUUAGGGACCAGGAAGCACAGUCACUUCUAACAUGCCAGUUUUGUACAUAACAGACCUUAAAGAUCUUCCAUGUUUCUUGUGGCUCAUGCUUAAAUGUAGAAUCUGCUUAUAUCACUACAUGUGAUGCUUGCUGACAGGAAGAAAAAAAAAAAAAAACAAAGGUUGACAAUGUGCCAUUUGUGAAGUGUGUUUUGUGGAACUACCAUGCCAAAUGUGAAAAACUCACAGGACCCAGGCAAACCCUCCUUGACAGGUUCCCCCUAGAGGGCAUGCAUAUACAGCUAUGAAGGAUUGUGUGGUUCUUUUAAGCAUUUCUACUGUGCAUGAAUGCAUGUGUGUGUGUGUGUGUGUGUCCUGUGUGUGUGUGUGUAUAACUGUAUUACUGUUUGCAUGUGGAUAUGUGUGAGGCAGUGGGAGAGAUUCAGUGAAAGAAAGUAUGACAAGUGACUGAGGGGUUUUGCGUGAGUUUAUUUUUCAUUUUCUUUAACUCCAUAUGCUUAUCCUAUGUAUUUUAAUCACACCUGCAAUAGCCUAAUCCACUUGAACAGCAAGAAAAAUGUGUUAACAGAUAUACACAAAGAUGCAUUUAACAUCUAAAGGGAAUGGUUUGUUUGGAGUACCUGUUGUAAUGUUGCCAAAAACUCACUAAACAUGCAUAAAAGUACAUUAAAGAUAUGUUUGAAUGUACCAAAAGAA